UUUAUUAUAUUAGUAUGGAUGAAAUUCUUUCACGUCUUAACGACUCGCACGACGUUCUUUCGUGCCGGCAUUUUUAUAGGUUGUGCUUCGGUUUUACGCACGGUAGACCAAAAAAUCGAUAGAAAUUCAGUACAUGCGCGUUGUAGCUUGUAGCCUCUGUACAUAGAGACCAUAAUUAAGUAGUUCUAGCUAUGCUUUAGUGUUAAAAAUAACACAAAUGUUUUUUAAAACAAAGCCCUGUAAUGUAUCACAUAAAAUGAUGAUUCGCCUAAACAACUUUUUGUACGUUUUUAAUUUACGCCAAGGCACUAUUCUCAUUGCCGUCCAUCAAAUCGCGCUUUCUUCUUUCGUACUUAUAAUAUUGAUAGUCGGUAUAUCCCAUGUGGGGGAGAUGCUGUCGAUGCUUCAUAACGAUAUGGAAGAUGAUGCCGAGAGACGUGGUUUCUAUGAAGUGGCUUACGGACAACACGUCACCUUUCACGAAGGAGAUGUCGUUAGCUCCAACAAUCAGAUGCGAUUCGCGAAGGCCCUGCACCUUGCUUCUGUGACCGUAAUAUUCCUGUACACGAGCACGAUCCUGACGGGCAUAUACCUGAUGUGCUGCAUAUCCCUGCUGCACGGCGCGGUGAAGUACAAGCGGGAGUACGUGGUGCCGUGGAUCAUGGCCGCGUGCGUCGCGGUGGUGCUGCUCAUUGUGGCCAUCGUCAUCGGGGAUGGAUACCCGUGUGUGGUCAACUUGUUCGGGGGACAUAACCUCUAUCAUUUUGGCUGCGCGCUCUUCGUGCUGACGUUCAUAUACGCGAUAUGCGCUGUCAGCAGCUUCGCGCUAGAGACGGGCGGCGGUCGCUGCGCACGCGCAUCCCUCGCCAAUGACGAGAGGGGGGAAAGACUCCUCCUGCUGGACCACGCCGCACACUCUAGCUUACUGUCCGCCGCACAACUUAACAAGCUCUCUUCUGGCACGCGAACGCAAUUCGUCUAAAUUCAAACUGGGGUCCUAUGAGCCUCAAUUCACAAUAGAUCCUCAAAUGUCGCAGUGACAUUAUAGCUACUAUGACCUGCCUUCAGAACCUAUGAGACUUGAAGUCGCUUCGAUUGCAGGCUCUCACGUGAGACAUAAUAUUGAUAUUGGUACCUAAGAUGCGAUGAGAAAAGGGCGCAUAUAAUUUUGAAAAU